GCGAUUGCAAAUUAUAAAUCCUAGCAGCCCGCAACAAUCGAAAUUGAACUGAGGAACUGGUUCACCCCAUUCAAUAAAGUCCGUGCUCAUGAAAUUUUCUUUGAAUAAAAGCAGAAAGUAAUAAGCGACUAUAAAUUUAGCUAAAGCCAUUCCGAUAAAAGGAGAAAAGUAAUGGACGUUUCACAGCCGCCACCACAACUGUUGACGGCUCCAUCAGCGUUGGCAACGAAUUUUACUUCGAUGCCGCCGCCAUCAAUAGGUGGUCAGCACUACAGACAUUAUCACCCUCAUCAUGGAUCCGGCAAGCAGGGAUAUAGCCAUUUUAAGCCCUUUAUGCCUGGAGGAUUUCAACGUCCCUUUGGUAUGUCACAGGAUGACUUUGAUGGCAAGCGACUCCGCAAGAGUGUCAUGCGUAAAACGGUGGACUAUAAUGCGUCUAUAAUCAAAGCGCUGGAGGCACGUCUCUGGCAGCGUGAUUAUAGAGAUCGAUUGGCACUUCAGCCGGACAGCAUUUAUGUGCCUCAAAUGCUACCGCCCAGCAGCUCGCUGGACAAUCCAGCAAAUGCAAUAACUACUCGUUUUGUUAAAACAGCCACAAAUAAAAUGCGCUGCCCCAUAUUCACGCUUGCGUGGACCCCAGAGGGCAGGCGACUAGUCACGGGCGCUAGUUCUGGAGAGUUUACACUUUGGAAUGGCCUGACAUUUAACUUUGAGACUAUACUGCAGGCACACGAUAUUGCAGUGCGAACGAUGGUUUGGUCACACAAUGACAGCUGGAUGGUAACGGGUGAUCAUGGCGGCUAUGUUAAGUACUGGCAAUCAAACAUGAACAACGUUAAGAUGUAUCAGGCCCACAAGGAGGCGAUUAGGGGAAUAAGUUUUAGUCCCACGGACAGCAAGUUUGUCAGUGGCAGCGACGAUGGAACGCUGCGCAUUUGGGACUUUAUGCGUUGCCAGGAAGAGCGCGUGCUACGCGGUCAUGGUGCGGAUGUCAAAUGCGUGCACUGGCAUCCCCAGAAGGCAAUGAUCGUUAGCGGCAGCAAAGAUAACCAACAGCCUAUUAAAAUUUGGGAUCCCAAAAGUGGUAUUGCGCUGGCGACGCUCCACGCGCACAAGUCGACUGUUAUGGAUCUCAAAUGGAAUGACAAUGGCAAUUGGCUGGUUACAGCCUCGCGUGACCAUCUGCUGAAGCUCUUCGACAUACGUAAUCUUCGCGAGGAGGUGCAAGUAUUCCGUGGACAUAAGAAGGAAGCCAGCUCUGUCUCAUGGCAUCCAAUACACGAGGGUCUAUUCUGCUCAGGCGGCUCCGAUGGUUCCAUCCUCUUUUGGAAUGUUGGCACGGACAAAGAAAUCGGCUGUGUGGAGACGGCACACGACAGCAUAGUGUGGACGCUUGCAUGGCACCCGUUAGGACACAUUUUGUGCUCCGGGUCCAACGACCAUACGAUAAAGUUCUGGACACGUAAUCGACCCGGAGACCUGAUGCGUGACAAGUACAAUUUGAAUACUCUGCCCGCUAGUUUAGCUGCGUUAGAUGAGUGCGAAUAUGAUGAUGCGGUAAUACCCGGUAUGGGGCCCGAGGACAAGGUGGAGUUCACAGAAAGUUUGACUGCCGACAAGGGGUUUAUUCCGGGAUUGGACUUGGAUGCAGGCGGCAGAUUGGCUAAUGACCGCGAUCGUGAGAAGAAAGUGCCCUACAGCAAACCCAUACCACGUAACUUCCAGGUACAAUGGGCAGGACCACGGCGAGCAGACGACCCCAGCGUGCUAAGCAUACACGACGAGCUGGCAGCACGAGAGUCGAAAGACUCUAGUAAUGGCCUAACGCACCAGCAGAUCAGCGAGAACACACUUGAAGGAAUACUGGCCAGUGGCAUGCUUAAUGGACUGGAUCCCCAGACAAUAGUGGGUCUCUUCGUGUACGGACGAUUUAUCCGAGUGCAUCCAGAUUCGCGAUUAAUGGGCGCCAUCCGUCAAGGAGCCGAAUACCUGAACAAGUACAUCGACGCCGGUAAGCUGGAGGAGCUACGCGACGUUGUUCCAAUGCGUGAGCGUGAACGAGAGCGUUCCAGAUCUCUGUCUCCUACCGUUGAGGGGGCACAGGCACGCAGCGAAGUGUCGCCGCCUCUCAAAAAGUCUCGCUUCGAGCCACGCCAACACAAUGCACAGUUGGUGUGUGUGCGAGAGCUAUUACUAUUGAAAAAACCCUUUCUGCCGUCUCUGCUGACCGUCAAAGCGCAGCAGCCGAAAACCGAAUUCAUUGACGAACCCACGAGCUACGGCAGCGGCUCGCCCUUGGAUCAAAUAGUGCGUGAGGACACGAAUCGCCCCAGUCCCUGGGCCGCUUCUAACCCCUGGACUAACUAUGGCAAUGACAAUGGAAAUGGCAAUGCCGGCCCAUCCAAUCAAAAUGGAUAUGGCAACAGCGUGGGCGACAAUUUUAAUGAUCGGGAUCGCGAUCGCGAUCAGUUCCAAAAGAGCAGCAGCAACAAUGGGCAACAGCGUCGACGGCGCGGUAACAACGGCGGCUCGAGUGGAGGCGGGGGCGCCGGCGGUGGCGGUGGUGGUCGGAAUAGGGCCCGCAAUAACAACAGAAGGUUCUAAUGUUCGACCACUACUGGAAACACCAACUAACAAACACAUUCUGAGGACACGUUUGUUA